GAAGCUUAAGAUACAAUUUUUCUAUAGUACUCAUCUUCAAGAAAGCCCUCUUUCAACUCUUGCAAAACCAAACACUUAUCUUUAUCUAGAAGACCUUCUUUCUCUUCUCAUGGGACAUAAUAAGAUAGAAGAAACCAUUGUUGGGACUAACCACACUAACAAAAAAGUCACACAAAAGCCUCAAAAACUUCCCAUGGAUGGUCUCCAAAGAACAAUAUCCGAUAUCUCAUUUGAACUUAGCAAAGUAGUAGUAACCGAUCACGAUGAUCAUAAUGAGAAGAAGCUUCUUCCCCCUAUUUCUGAAGUUGAAGAUGCAAAGUGUGAGUGUUGUGGCAUGUCUGAAGAAUGCACACCUGAAUAUGUUAAGAGAGUUAGGGAGAAAUAUUCAGGAAAAUUGAUUUGUGGGUUGUGUUCUGAAGCUGUGAAGGAAGAAAUGGAGAAGAAUGGAGGUAAGAAACUAGAAGAGGCUUUAAAUGAGCACAUGAAUGCAUGUUCUAAGUUUAAUAGGAUUGGUAGGGCAUAUCCUGUGCUUUUCCAAGCCGAGGCCAUGAGGGAAAUCUUGAAAAAGAGUAGAGGCAAGUCUCUUAGCCCUAGAGAUAACAAGAAAGGUGGUAUUGCUAGGAGUUCAAGUUGUAUUCCUGCCAUUACCAAAGAUAUUAAUGCUCUAAAAGUUGUUGAUUAAGCUCAGCAAUCUAAGGAGAACGUUCGUUUGCUGAUAUUAUUAUCAGUAUCUAGUAUAUGGCCACGUACCUGCACCGACUAUACAGUGCAUCUAAUGUGAGAUCAUGAGCCAUGAUUCCAAAACGUUGUUGUUUAUUCUAUUGUCAGUGAGGAUAACUUAGUUAAAUCUUAUUCACGUUUCUUCAUCACUUUGGAUCAAGGUGAAGCUCUCAUAUAGCUUUAGAAUUGUUCAUGUUGUAGAUCAACUAAGUUAAGACGGAGCUGAUGCUUCACAGAAUAACUGCUUUUUUCUAGGUAGAAUGUUGUAAUAAUCCUUCUAAGUUCUAACCACUGGGAUUUUUGUAUGUAUACUUCUUUACGAAGUUCUUAAAUUAAUCUUAAUGGUCUAUGUUUAAUUUCG